UGCAGCGCUGAGCCUUUUAUUUCCGUGCACUGUCGCUUUAAGAAGCCUCUCGGUGCGCAGAGGCGCAGCUCAUCACAUGAUUCUUCUCUUGUGACAAUCCAGACAGAAAGGAAAAGCCUCGCGGAGUUCCAGCCGAGUUAGAAGACCCUGUGAUGACAGAUUAACUGUCGUAUUGGUGCCAAAGGACUAACUACAAGGAGGGCGAUGGAGUUAAGUUAACUAUUACCGGAGAGAGCAAGACCGUUCCUUGUCUUUGAAGGGGAAAUACUUAGGGUUGUUGCGCCAAAGAGGACAAAGUUGGCGCAUGGAGAGGGACGAAGUUUCAUUCUUUUUGCGCAGCGUCUUUUCCCUUUUGUUUUUCUCGCCACUGCGUGUCAUACCAACGUCACACGGCUUUUCGGACAACCAAAGUCAAGUAAACGGAAGGUUCGUUUUCGCGUCGCUGAAGAAUUAAAAAAAAAAAAAAGUUAAGGGGGCCAGACAACGAGACAACUUGAGGACGCAUCACGUCGGUUUGAGAUGGUGGACAACAAGCCUCUUCUUCAGGAGAGACCCCCCUCCUACGCCAGCGUCCCGGGGGCUUAUGAGUACGGCCCGCAGCCGCAGCCCGGCUAUGGGGCCAUCCCGUCUCCGGCCCCCCCGCCGCCCUACCCGUACCCCGCCGGACAAGGGUACGCAUCAGCCCAAAUGAACCCUGCCAUAGCCCAGCAGCCCUACCCUGGCACUUACACCAUCGUACAACCGUCUGUCGUGGUGGUCGGGGGCUGCCCCGCCUGCAGAGUUGGUGUCCUGGAGGAUGACUUCACUUGCCUGGGGAUCCUGUGUGCCAUCUUCUUCUUCCCCCUGGGUCUCCUCUUCUGCUUCGCACUGCGUCAGAGAAGGUGUCCCAACUGUGGCGCCUCUUUCGGUUAGAGGGACCAAACCGCAGCUCAUGCACCUGCUCGUGCUCCCAUGCACACACACACACACACACACACACACACACACAGAGAGCUGCUGUCUCUU